AAUUCAUCCCGCCGUUCAUUCCGGUAACCAGGAUGAAGUGUUCAUAUGGCAAAACUUCCAGCCCGCUUACCGAGAUCUCGGGAACCGAGCCAGCCCGCCCUCUCAUAUGAACACAUCGAAAAUUUUACAAAGGAUUUAAAGGUGAGGCGAGAUCUUGCGGAAACCGGGCCUGCCCGGUCAACCGGACUCAUAUGAAGAGGCCUUUAGACCUCAAAUCUUGAAUAAUUAGAAAAACCAUACUUUCAAACAAAAUUCAUUAGCUGCGUAUCAAAAAGUGCCCAGAAACUGAAUCUAAAAGUAAAAAUCCCAUAAAAAAUUCGCCGACAUUCACAGAAGUGAUGCGUGUAUUAUAAAUGAGAGAAGCAAUAAAUUUAAUUUUUGCAUGCGUUGUCUCAGGAUCGUGUUUUGAGCAAAUGUUAAUCAACGAAAGAACACACAACAAUAGACAGAGAAAAUAUUUCUCGAUAAUUUUUUUAAAGGCCCAUAAAUUAAUCCUUAAAAGCAAUUCGCGUGACCUAAAUUUGGCUCGAGGAUCCGUUCACGCAAGUAAAAUCGGUUGAGCACACGGCAAAAAAUUCAGUGAAAAUUGUUCGACUCAAAUCUCAAAUCAGGGCGCUCGAGCCGAUCUCAAAAUGUAUAAAACGUUAAAGAUAAAAUAUUCACAAAUGCGUAAUUUUCUUGACUAUAGAGUAGAAAAUGUACCUGAAAAUUCUUCAAAAACUUUGCUGCUUGGUGGCGUUUCAAAACAAGCAAAGCGCUCCGAUCGGCCGUGAUAAAAAUUCCGUGUAUUUUAAAUUCCUCGAAGGACAAUUUUAUAAAGCCGAAAAAAAGCUUCCUUUGUCAACUUGAAGAAAACUAAGGAUUCUUUUAAAGAUUCCUUCCCCAUCUGACAAAACUGCAUUCUUCUUCUCCAACAAAUAAUUUGCCUUCUAAGAGUUACAUCAAAAAAUACAAACAACGCCUGAAAGUGAAAUUUGAACGACUGUUAGGCUAACAAGUUUUCAAAAUAUUUAUUUCAAUCUUUUUCAAGUUUGUCCAUCCCUGCUUUCUUUUGUAUUUGCUGUGUUAUUUAUACCUUCUUUUAAUGUUCUGACCGUUUAUUUUUAUGUUUCACUCAAACUUAGAUGCACUUAGUGAGUUAAGUCUUCUGUUCUGCUGUUUGAAUUCCGAUAAAUUUGUGACUGACACAGCUCGCUCCUUUAAGUCCCUACGGUCUGCAAGUCAGUGUGAAAUUUGUCAUUGUUUAAUUUGAUAUUUUUCUACACUACUCCUUAAGAAGAAAAUCUAUUUCACAUUAACUGAAAAAGUGACCAUUAUUAUUUAUUUUGAAUUUACAAUGAGAUGACUGUAACAUAUUCUAAGUUUCGAAACGUUCAGUUGCAGUCUGUGAAAUAAAUGUUAAAAAGUGUGAUUAUUAAUUUGUCCUUAUAGGAACCAUUUGUCUCUUACUUCCACAAUGUUUAGACAUCCGGUUGAAUUCAGUAGGGUUGAAACCUAUUCAUUUUCUCCUUAAAAGGUCUUUCCGACGGACAUAGAAUACAUAAUUAUUAUACGGUGGAGUUAAGAAUCGCUAUGCUGAAAUUAAAAGAUUCUUAAACAGUAUUAUGCAUUCGCUCUCGGGUCAGUUGGACGGGAAGGACUUCUUCUCUUCCUCCGUAAGUCUCUCAGCGUUUUCUGCCUUACUCCUUAUUCUAUCUCAUCAUUCAACCCAUGGCUACCUUGUUUCGUUUCGACCACUUGGAUUCGCAUACUUUAGCGGAUAUUACACUGUAUGUGGUACUGAAACGGUGUCGCAUGAAGUUUCAACGGAAUCUGAUGCGAUCAUUCAAUUCUUUUUAAACAUGUUAAUAGAAUACUUAAAUAAAAAUUAAUUGUAAUAAGUCUUUUAAUUUUCGCUUUGAGAAUGUUUGACUUUCUAUACAACUACUCGUCUUUAUAAGCUUUCUUUUUAUGUAAUUAAGUAUAUAACUAUCGGCAGUUAUGUUGCAGUCACUUCUAAUCAAUGGUAUGGAACAUAAACUUUCGCUUUAUUAAAAACCGCAGUUACAGGUAAGUUUCGAAACUAAAGAUAUCACUUCCACCAUGAAACUGUUUACUAUAUUUAAAUACCACUACUCGCAUCUGUUUGUGCAUAAGAUCGCUGGUUUUGUGAAGAUUUGUGUUACCUUGAUCGAGCUGUGCCAACCGCUCGCAAUGAAUGCGCUAAUAUCGAGCUUUUCUAUUUUAUUAAGAAACUCUAAACGAUCCUUGUUGUAUGGAUCUAUGGCGGCUUUAACAAUAGGCUUGCAAGAGCUAUUUGAGAGCGUGGUUUUCGACUGUCCAUGCGAAAGACACUUUGUUUAUGGCAUGUUAUUUCUUUGGGCUCCAUCUUUUCUUCUCUUUCUUCCGGGAAUUCUGUUGGAAAAAAAAUUAUGGCGGAAGUUCCCAAGGAGAAUUUACAAAACGGAAAAUGCUGAAAAGCCGAUUACUCGCCAGUUCAGAACAUUGUUGUUUACUCCUACGUACUUUGUACGAGCAAGUGUCGCACCAAUCGCCUGGUUAGUUAUGUCCUUUCUUCAACAAAAAUACUACACCUGCGCGUAUUUUGGUCCACCGCUUGACAGAGAUAUAGCACGGAACAACGCUACCGACGAAUGUUAUUCAAAGUUGGGCGCCCGAUCUAUUGUGCUUGAAGACAACUAUAAAACCAACAGUCAGAUGGCUGGCUGGUCACUGAUGAUCAUCGCUAUGCUCACUCUGUUUGCCUCUGUUUGCAUUCGUCGAUGUAACGAAAAAGAAAAGCACCUUCGAAUGCCCAGUCCUCAGUAUUACCUCUAUGUUGAAGCUAAGGAAGCCUUGGAGCAGUUUCACACCAAAGCGAAGGAACUCGCCAAGCAGAACGCUACGAGAAAUGUACAGAUCUUUCUCCAGAAUGCGAAUAAAAAGGAGUUCGAUGAGAGCAUCCAAGAAGUUGCAGAAAGCUUGCUUUCUAAAUAUGAACAGUUUUUCCCCAUACCACCUGAGAGCCCAACAUAUACCACACCUGUCGUUAUGGUAGACAGUCCUCUGAAGUUUCCAGAAUUGUUGUCAGAGAUAGAUGGUCCACAAAUCCCGAAGGAUGAAUACCCCAGGCAUACCACGAUAGAAGUCGAUGAAGACUCGAAAAAACUACAGUUGACGCCACUGAACCGCGACAGAGUUAAACUCAACCGUCAGCACGGCCAAAACGGUGAUCCAGUUUGA